ACGGAAAUUACGGCGGAUGCCACUAGCAUAAUGGCGCUUUCUCCGCAAGAGUUGUCUUCUCUUUUGAGCAUACUAUCUGAAGAGGCUUGUGAAAUUCAGCCUUUUGACAUAAUGGGAGCUAAUUUCCACCAGUAUUUCCAGAAAGUUGACCACUUCAAACUUGGUAUGAGUAUGGUUCUCUUGCUACAACAACCAGAUCUCCUUCCUCAUCCAACACAGAGACUAACUGCAAUAUUUCUGCUACAUGAGAUGUACAAGGGUGAGCCAAUAGGCUCAACACCAUUUGCACAAGUUUUUGUAUUUUUGAUGAAUCCUCCAGAUGAUGUGACUGGUAAAGGAAAGAGGUUGGAGUUUGCUGGUGCCCUGCCAAGGAUAUCUAUGUCUGAAAAGGCAUUUCUUUCUCAAAUAAUCGCAAAUUACAAUGGACCACUAGUGAGAGACCUCUUGAGAAAAACGCCAAGGCAAAUACUUCAAUUGGAUCCAUCAAUAAUACCUGUUGCUGACAUGAGUGGAUUACAAGUGUCAAUUGUUGAGCAGCAAUCAGAGUUGCCAGCAGUCAGCAAAUGUGGCAUACCCACUGUGCUAGCAGAUCCCGAUUUUAGACAUGGACUGUUUCUUGAUACUGGCAUAAUGCACAAGACAAUAGAAACAAUACUUUCUCCUGAAAGCAAGGUCACAGAGGGGUGCAUUAAGCCAGAGUUUCUUAGACUUGCACCACCACUACAUGUUAGUGAUGAUGAGAUGAUCUGGAUGAUUCCUGUAGACAAUGACCACCAGGUAGCAUGGGAUUCCACUAUGUGUGUUGCAACUUCAGCUGGAAUGGAGGCAAAACGGCUUAUGUCAAAGGCAUUCAAAGGUCCCCUCACUUUGCAGCAGCAACAGCAAUUAUUGGGUGAACUAGAGAGAGACCCAAAACUUGUGUACCAUAUUGGUCUAACUCCGGCAAAGUUGCCAGACUUGGUAGAAAACAACCCACUGGUGGCUAUUGAGGUGCUGCUUAAGCUGAUGCAGUCUAGCCAAAUAACAGAGUAUUUCUCCGUUUUGGUGAAUAUGGAGAUGUCAUUGCAUUCCAUGGAAGUUGUCAAUAGGCUUACAACAGCUGUAGAUCUACCACAAGAAUUCGUUCAUCUUUACAUCUCAAAUUGCAUAUCUACAUGUGAACAGAUGAAGGAUAGGUACAUGCAGAACCGACUCGUGCGUCUCGUCUGUGUCUUUCUACAAAGCCUUAUUAGAAACAAAAUCAUUGACGUCAAGGACCUGUUUAUUGAGGUGCAGGCGUUCUGUAUAGAGUUCAGUCGGAUCAGAGAGGCAGCAGGGUUGUUCCGCUUACUAAAGACCCUUGACAUUGGUGAAUCUGCUACUGCAAGCAGUCCAGCCAAUAAUAGCUCAACAAAUAAUGGAAAAGCGUAGUAUGUUACCAUCGAUCAAGUGACGACAAUUUCUGUGUAUGAUUUGUUGUGACUAUGUGAUAAAAUUUAAUGCUAAAUUGAUACUUUUGAAUGUGGCACUGUAAACAUAAUCAAAUGGUGUAUCUAAUGUAGUGUGUGUUAAAAACUAUUGCAAUUCGUAAUUCGUAUUAUUCUUGCAGUGGAAUUUGUAAAUAUAAGGACUCCACUAGACAUAAUAAAUGCUUUUUGCAAUGUUGCUGCAUUUAAUUUAUAGUUGGAAAUAUACAGAUGCUGACAAUUUCCACCCUUUUAUUCAUAUAAUGUUAAAUAUGUCAGGCCAUAAGUGUAUAGUCUUACUAUAAUAUGAGAUCCAUUGCCAUAUUAGUGGUAGGGAGCCACUGAUAUAUCUCCUGCUUGUGAGCUUAUCUAUGUUGAAAAAAUACAUUUGAUCUCAUUUCAUUAUUCCCAGUAUUGCUUCAUUCUUAAUAUUUCUUUGGGAAAUCACACCUGUUGUUUAUAUUAACGUGCAUAGCCGUUUUGCUGAAAACAUGCCACCUAGAAAACAGUUGACUGGUUACCUGACACAUUUGUUUUGUUCAAACAAGCAGUAGUAGUUCUAUGCUAAAACAAGCUAUACUUUAAUAUUCGUUGUUGCCUCUAUGAAAUUGGGGAGUGUGUUGUUUUGGUAAUAUUAUACACUUACAUAGAACACGGACAGAAUGUUUAUCUAAUGGUCAGAAAAGGACAUGUAUGUAUUUACUAUCAACAGGAUACUGGAAUUUCAUGCUGUACGAGUUUGAUAAUGUGCGUGCUGAAAUGUGUAAAUAGCGUACAAAAAAUAAAAACUCAGGAAUA